UGCUAAUGUUGGGGCGUCUGCUGUUGUGACAGUUGAAACUGUGUCACUUAUUACCUCGACUAGAGACAUUUAAUGAGACAACAUUUGUGUAAACCAUUACAAAUCAACUGUCUACUGUUAGUUUGCGAUGCUGGAAGAAGGAUUCCUCAUGGAAACAGAGUGCAAUACUGAAAAUGUACAACACAGUUAAAAAAGCAAGACAAGGAGAAAAAAUACUCUUAAAAUCCAAAGCUUCUCAUGAUCUCAGAAGGCUCCAGUCCCUGCUUGCCAAAAGCCGCCCCAGACAAGAGGUGGCAGCGCUGAGUCACAGUAAAGCAUGCAGCGGUGGAGCCAGGAGAUCCAUGAAUCCUCCAAAAGACACCAACAGACCUCACAGGAGUGAGAGCGACCUCAGCAGUGAAAACUCUGAACUGGAAAAAUUCAGCAUAACAUACAGAGACCAAAGAUGUUUCAGUAGUCAUCCACUGUGUAAACUGUUCUCUGACAUCCUUACAUCUUUGGUCAACAACCGACUCUGCAGUGACUGGAUUGACCAUGCACCACCGGAGUCAGUUCUUAGAGUUCUCAUCUGCCUACGAUUACUGAUCCGAGAUCCCCAUCAUCAGAAAAUCCUCCAUGAACUCCAAGGCAUCAAUUUACUUGCGAAGUAUAUGGAGUCUGUCACUGCCAUGUAUAUGUCAUGUGAAGAGAAGGCAUUUGCCUCGCAGAAGCUGGUCGCAUUGACCUACAUGUUUCAGAAGCUGUCUGCCGCUGAAAAUCAAAGGGUGUGGGUCAUCAAGAGUGGCGCUCAUAGAACCUUGGUGAAGCUCCUCUCCACAACAGACAGCAGUGUGCUGCUGGGAGCCCUGCUGGCACUCAGCACCUUGGCUGACAGCUCAGAAUGCAAGAAGGAGAUUGGGGAGUUGCCAAUAGUGGAGAGUCUCCUUGUAAUACUCCAGGAAUAUGACCUGCUGUCAAAGAGGAUGAGUGCUGAGCUGCUGAGGCUGCUGUCCCCGGUGCAGCAUGUGAGGGACCAGGUGAGAGAGCUGGAGGGUGUUCCAGUGCUGCUGAGCCUGCUGCACAGUCAACACCUGAAGCUGCUUUGGAGUGUCUCCUGGGUCCUGGUCCAGCUCUGCGAGGAUCCCGACACCAGGGCAGAGAUCCGGAGCUGGGGUGGGGUGCAGCAGCUCCUCCGACUGCUCAACAGCGACAGGCAGUAUGUCUCUGACCGCUCGUCCAUCGAGACGCUCUCCAGUGCCAACGCAGCUGGUCGCAUCCAGAAAGAGCACAUGACAGAACAGCUCAGUCCACAGGAGGAAGCAGACAACACUAUGGCCCUGCGGUCAGCCUGCUGCACAGCUCUGACGGAGAUGAGUCUGGAUGACACAUCUGCUCACCACAUUGUACAGGAAAAUGGCAUCUACAUAAUCACAAAGUUGAUUUUACCACACAACUCUGGACCAAAGAUCAAUUCUUUACAGUGCUAUGCAUUCCGGACGCUUCGAUUUCUCUUUAGUGUGGAAAGAAACAGACAUCUGUUUAAGAGACUCUUUCCCACAGACCUCUUUGAGUUGUUUAUUGAUGUUGGACAUUAUGUGCGGGACCUCACAGCCUACGAGGGCCUGCAAACCAAAGUCUCACUCUACACUGAAGAAGAGCUUGACAGUCUGAGAGAGAGCAUCGAGGUUGUGGACCAGAACCGACCUCCUCUCAGAGUGAUCAACGGUUACUCCAUACUGGACCAUCUGGGCACCGGGGCCUUUGGAAGUGUCUUUAAGGUCCUAAAGCAGAGUGGGCAGAACCUUCUAGCUCUGAAGGAGGUGAAUCUACACAACCCAGCGUUUGGCAAAGACAAGAAGUCCAGAGACAGCAAUGUGGAGAAAAUCAUCUCUGAGCUCACGAUCAUCAAAGAACAGAUGACUCACCCAAACAUUGUUAAAUAUUACAAGACAUUUUUGGAAGGUGACAAGCUGUACAUAGUGAUGGAGCUGAUUGAGGGCAUGCCACUGGCUGAACAUUUUAACUCUCUGAAAGAGAAGCAGCAGCAGCUAACUGAAGACAGAAUUUGGAAUAUAUUCAUACAGAUGUGUCUGGCAUUGCGGUACCUGCACAAAGAGAAGAGAAUAGUCCACCGGGACCUCACACCGAACAACAUCAUGCUGGGGGAGAAAGACAAAGUCACCAUCACUGACUUCGGUCUUGCCAAGCAGAAACAAGAGAACAGCAAGCUUACGUCAGUGGUCGGCACCAUCCUUUACUCCUGUCCAGAGGUGGUGAAAAAUGAGCCGUACGGAGAGAAAGCUGACAUCUGGGCUCUGGGCUGCAUCCUCUACCAGAUGGCCACUUUACAGCCUCCGUUCUACAGCAGUAACAUGCUGUCUCUGGCCAGCAAGAUUGUCGAGGCCGUCUAUGAGCCAGUUGAGGAGGGAGCUUUCUCAGAGAGAGUCACAGAAAUGAUCAGAUGGUGUUUGAGUCCAGAUGCAGAGCAGCGGCCAGACAUUGUGGCCGUCAGCUCCAGGAUCUCUGACCUCAUGAUGAGGCUGAUGGACGGACUCUACACUUCCCACAAUGCACUGGAACGAAGAGCAGAGAGAGACCGAAAACGGGCACAGAAGUACUUUCAUGAAAAGCACAAAAGCUGGAUGGACUACAGUCACUCCAACUCAUCGCAGGAAUGGCUCUUAGUGAAGACUGAAUCUCAGGCUCCAUGCUCUUCUACUGGCUGCAGUUUAAACCACAACGAACAGAGCACAAGUAAAGGUGAUGCCUCAGAUGAGGAUGCUGAACCAUCCAAUGCCAAAAACAGCACUGCUGCCUCUACAGGAAAAUACUACAGUUUAAAGUCCAGCGCCUGUGUUACACCUGAUCGUGUUCUGAACAGUGGGGAUUUUGCUGCUACAAAGAUGAAACCAAGACCAGUGUCAGGAGGGAUCUGUGUCUCCCAGAAGAAGCUACGACAGAUUGAUGAUCCCAUCCAGAGGCUCCUCGUGCAGCUGCACAAAAUCAUCUACAUUACUCAACUCCCACCAGCUCCACACCACAACAUCAAAAGACGCCUCAUUGAAAGAUUUAAAAAGUCCCUCUUCCACUUUGGCAGCGACCCAUGCAACCUGAAAGUGGAGCUCAGCAAGCUCCUCCAGGCCUCCACAGAGCUCAUGGAAUUAGGUUCGAUCAGUUCCGACUGGUGGCCGCAGGUCCAACACUUCACAGGAGAUCAGAGCCCUGAUAGCACAGGUGACGGGAAUCUCAAAGAUGGAGUUACAUAUCAGCAAAUGCAGGGAAUAAUUGAGGAGCUCCUGGAGGAGAACGACUACUACGAAACAACAGACAGCAGGUUCAUAAAGAAAAGAAAUAACCAAGAAAAGAAAUAACAUCUCUACUCAAACAAAGAAGUCACGGAAACGGACGGAGAAACCUCUGAUUUAUCUGCAUAAUGCUGACUUCACAGUGAUACGUUAUGGAUGCUGAAAUGCAAUUAACCUCAGUUCAUAUCCUCUGUCUACAUAGUACAUAUGUAGUUAACAUACAAAACUACCAAAGCACUUGGUAAAAACAUGCUUUUGUUUGAACUUAAACAAAGCUUCUGUAACCACACACCUCUUUGGUUCUCAGGUGUUGCUUUUGAUGUUGUGUGACUGUGAAUCUCCAAACACAAUUUAUUAUAUAUAAACCAAAAUGUUUUUUUUUUCUGUGUCAGUAAAUUAUCAAAAUGUAAAAUUCACGAUUGUUCCAGAUGAGGCUUCUCAUAUCAAAGUGAACUGGCCUACAAACCCAGAGAUAACUCCGGUCCACCACUCUCCUUGUUUACCUGUGGAGGUCCAGCCUCUGUGUGCCUGUGAAUCUUUCUGUUUUAUUUUAGUUUUUCAGGGCUGACACUUUAAGUUCUCAGGACCAGACUCCGUGGUUUGACUAUUUCAAGUGACUCCAAGCCACAAUUUCCUUGUUCACUUCACUUUCGAUGAGCUGAUAGGAGGCCCAACUUUCGGCUUAAUUCAACAUAUCACGACGUCUGACUGCAGAUUUACCAAACGUGGGACCCAGGUCAAAUGUUUUUUUCCCCGUUUUUAUGCACUGUAUCAACAUGAGUUCUCAAAUAGUGCUAUCAUUUUCAAAAUAAAUAACAAAGAAUAUAAUUUUGUAUGUAUUUUGACAGUUUGAAGAGUUCAAUGCAGAAAAUAAGCUUUCUUGUGCACUUUAAUUCAAAUAAAGACUGGUCAGUAUAAUCUGUAUAAA